AUGAGCGAGGUUGCAAGCGACGCAAGUGCCGCCGCUCCCCCCAAAGCUGAGGCGACUGAGUCGCAUGUUGGCGAGAAGACAACUAGCCCUACCCACGCCUCAGCGGGAAGAGCCACGCCCCGUUAUGCCAGUGCAACCGCUACUUCGACUGUAGCCCGGACUUCUCUCGGCCCUCGGUCUCCCGCCUUGAACAAGACGCACACUCGUGCGUCCCCCUCGGUACAUCGAUCUACUGCUUCCACAUCCACGCUGGGACAUCGAAGCGGUGCCAGCGUUGGUGCGGGCGACGAUGCUGUCAAAUCUGUAUCGCGAAGAGAGAGCGCUGUAGUAUCAGGAGCCGGCGCUGAGAAAAAGGCCGGUGCGGCUACCACUACCACGACCGCUCGUCGAUCUACCGUGGGUGUUGGUGCUGCAAGCCCCAAGCCAACUGUUGGUCAACGGACGACCAAGCCGAGCGGGAGCUCCGAGUCGAUAUCCUCGACCAGGGCACCGUUGUCUCGAGGCACUGUUUCAUCGACUGCCGCGGCCGAUGCGCGAAAGAGACCAUCUGCACCGGGCGUAGUGACUGGGGCCUCACGUCCAUCCACACGAACCUCGGUUCGCGACGCGCAUAUCGACAGCCCCAAGCUUGACGAACUAACGUCCAAGCUAGCGGACAAAGACAAGGAAAUCGAGUCUCUCAAAACAGAGCUGAAUUCCUUCGAAAGCACUGUGGCUGAACUUCGUCAGCAACUCGAAACCAGUGGCCAGCAAGCAGAGGACGGUGGUUCCAACGAGGAGCAGAAAGAUACGCCAGAUGGCCCGAAAACUGAUUACGAUGCCAUCAUACGUGAUCUGGAAGCUCAGCUGGUGGAGAAAGCCGACAAGCUUCGUUCUGUGGAUGCAGAGCUCAGCGAGGCUGUCCGCGUUAAAGACCAGGGAGGAGAAGCCCUCGAUGCUCUGCAGAAGGAGCUUGAGAGUCUGAAGCUUGAAAACCAGGAGAGGAUUAAAGCAACGGAGAGCCAGGGAGGAGAAGCUCUCGAAGCACUGCAGAAAGAGCUGGAAAGCUUGAGGCUUGAAAACCAAGAGAAGAUCAAGGCAGCGGAGAACCAGGGAGGAGAAGCCCUUGAUACACUACAGAAAGAGCUGGAAAGCUUGAAGCAUGAAAGCGAGGAAAAGCUGAAGGCUGCGGAGAGCCAGGCAGAAGAAGCCCGCGACGCGCUUCAGAAGGAGCUUGAGAGUGCGAAGCUUGAAAGCGAGGAGAAACUGAAGGCCGCGGAGAGCCAGGCAGAAGAAGCUCGUGACGCGCUUCAGAAAGAGCUUGAGAGUGUGAAGCUUGAAAGCGAGGAGAAGCUGAAGGCAAAGGAGAGCGAAUAUGAGCAAGCCGUUCGUGACUAUGCUGCUCAGGUCGAGAAGCUGCAGGCUUCCGUCUCCGAUAAGGCAGAGUCAGAUACGGCGGUGGCGGAUUUGCGAUCUACGUUUGAGGCGACCGUUCAGAAUCUCCAGCAGCAAGUCGACGAAUUGACUGCUUCGAAAGCUGAGUUGGAAGCGACCAUUGAGUCAGUCAAGUCGGAGCGUGAUGCACUCAACGGCAAGAUUGUUGAUCUCGAAAGCGACAUCCUGGAAUUCAAGACCAGGCUCGCAACAUCAGAGACUGCAAUCAAGGAUGCCGAGGCCAAUGCGGACAGUGAUAAGCUUAAGAUUCAAAGUGAAUUGGCCGCCCGGGAUGCCGAGCUCGAAUCUGCCCGCCGAUCCGAAGCUGAGCUGCAAAGCACAGUUGGUGAGUUGAAAGCUUCGUUAACCAGCAAGGACGAAGAGGUUACCAGCUUGAAGGCGAUGCACGACGAGCGCUUGAAGCAAAUUUCUCAAGACUAUGAAAACGAGAUUGAAAGUCUUCGUGGCGAUGCCUUCUUCAAGCGGAGGUUUGAGGAAUUGGAGAAGCUACACAAUGAGUUACAGGCCACUGUAGCCCAAGAUUCAGAGCAGCACGCAAAGGCCCUGGCAGAGGCUGAGGAGCGCCGACUGGUAGCCGUCAGCAUUGUCGAGACCAAGCAAUCUGAAUAUGAGGAGGAGUUGGCCAAGUUAAGAAACCUUCAUGCAGAAGAGUUGACGGCUGCCAAAAACAGUGCCGCAGAAGCCAAGGAUGCUCAUGUCAAGGAGCUCGAGGCCAUCAAGGCUCGAUGCGAUGAGCAGUUGCGCCUUGCAUUGGCAGAUGGAGAGGCUUCAUCCGCCGAAUUCUCCAAGUCGCUUCAAAUUUCUCACGAAAAGCUGGUGGAUGAGCUCAAGAGACAACACGAAGAGGACAAGCAAGAGUUAGUUGCUGCCCACCAAUCCAAUAUGACAGCGGCCACCAGCCAGCACGAGUCAGAUUUGGCUUUGCUGCGGAAGGAGCUUGAAGAGGCCAAAGCGCUGCUGGAGAAGACAAAGGCUAGCAAUAUCGAGGAAUUGGAGGCCACCAAGCGGGAGUUGCAUGGCACACACGCAGCCGAGAUUGAGAAGCUCGCCGCUGCGCACACGGAGGCCUCGUUUUCAAGAAAAGAAGAAGAACUUCAGCUGAAGCAACAGCUGGACGAGCUGCAAGCUGUGUAUAAGCAGAUGGAGAGCGCCCUGGAUGACUCCAAGGCCAAGAGCGCCAGCUUGGAGGAGCAGUUGUCAGCCCAGACUACCACCAACGGAAGCCUCCAGGAGACUCUGCAAAAGUUACAGGAGCAGCUCGUUGCCGUCCAAGCCGAGGCUGAUGACGUCGGCCAGCAACUUGCUCAAGAAAAGAUGGAGCGUAUGAUGGCGCUGGCUGAGCUGGAUGCAGUCAAGAGGCCCAACGAUUCAGCAGCUCUCAACAGCCUGAAGAACGAGCUCACGGCAGCCAAGGAAGAGUUGCGAGCCUGCCAGGCAGAGCUGAAGACGGCCAAGGAGGACAUGGAGGUGAAGGAAAAAACAGCUCGGCAAGAUUAUCACGACUUGAAUGAUAGCAUGACCUCACUGGUGGAGGAGGCCGACAAGAAGGCAAAGGAGUCAGAGGUGCAGGUUGAGCAACUGCAGGCUCAACUGAAAAUCAAGAACGCACAGCUAGCUGAGGCCGAGGCCCAAGCCGCUCUGUUCAAGUCCAACAACACCGCCGGUCUAGAUGACGCAGCCGACGGCGACGAAGAUCACUCUUCAACAGCAUUAGCUUUGCUCAGCAAGGUUAGAUUGACGGCGAAGCAAGUCGAUACUCUCGAUCGAGAGAUGAGAGACCGUAACUUACAACUUCUUAAUUCAAUCACGGACGUGAAGAUGUCUUCUUAAAAAAAAGGGCUGGAAAUUUACUAUACUCUUGUACAUCUUAAUUAAUAUUUAGUGGUAAUUAACAUUGCCUUGUAUUGAGCAGUUGCAUCAAGACCUGUAAAAUAAUUUACUGUUUACCAUGAGUUGCCAUCAGAGAUCCAAUAAACGUAGUCACCAAGCGACUGCGAACUUGGCAAAUAUCCUCUGGGACAAGCCAUAUGGUCGCACCAAGCUUGCGGGCAAUACUGAUACUCAACUUUGCAUUCAUAUAUGCGUCCUCUUCUGUUUGGCCGGGAGUCACAAGGUCAUAGUCGACAUAGCUGCUCUUCAUGCCAUUCAACACGUCCAAAAGGAAGACACCAGAGCCAAUGGCCGGGUCCUUGAAAGACCGGAUAGAUGAACUGCGACCGCCCUUCUUGGACAUGUCGUUGGCCCAUCUAACCAUUUCGGCAUCGGUAAUCUCUCUCUUGCCGAGAUUCUGUGCCAGUGAGGACAGCGUCAAGGUGAUGUCUUUUCGCAUGAGUUGCCACACGAGUCCAAGUGUCAAUGUUCUUUGACCGUCAGUGAUAUCUGCUCCUUGGAUGCCCACGAGGGAAAAGCCAUUUUGCUUGCCCAGCUCAAUAGCAUAGUUGGUAUUCUCAACAGCCUUGAAUCUAAGCAUUUCGCCUCCAUGGGCGGGAGCCUUGUUAACAUGGCGCCAGUUAACAGACCCUUUGAUGACUUUGUCGUAUGCCUGCAGAAGGGCCGAUCCGUCUCUUAGGUCAUCAAAGAACGAGACUACAGCGGGCUGCACAUCCAAAC